AUGUUGAGUCGUCAGGGCCAUUUUCUGAAAGGCCUGACUAUCUGUGCUCUCAAUCCUCAAAGAGUUCCUUCGGGAAACACCUUGACCUUGGUCAACCGUCGGUUCAACUCCAACAAGGCUGGGGUAUCUGAAUUUGGGAAAACACAUGUUGCGAGAGGUAUAGGAAGGCUUAGCGAUGCACUUAUUGAUCAUGGAAAUGGCUCCUAUAUUACUCUGAAGGACGAGCGAGGAAGAUACUUGGACUUCACUAGCGGGAUCGGUGUCACCGGCUUAGGCCAUUGCCACCCAAAAGUUAGCCAAGCAGCUGCAAAUCAAUGCUUGAGUCUUGUUCAUGGACAAGUCGGCAUUGCCUUCCACAAACCAUACCUAGAUCUUAUCGAACGGCUGCUUCCUAUUAUGCCACAUCCGUCAUUGAACACAUUUUUCCUUUGGAACUCCGGAUCCGAGGCCAUUGAGGCCGCCAUAAAGGUCGCACGAACUAAGACGCAGAGGCAGAACAUCAUCACCAUGCAAGGCGGUUUUCAUGGCCGUACCUUCGGUGCAAUGGGUUUGACUCGAAGCAAGACAACGUACAGUGUCGGAGCACACCCACUCAUGCCUGGCGUUUUUGUGACACCAUUCCCGUUCUGGCACCACUUUGGAGCACAGCCUUCAACCCCUACGGAGGAGCUUGUGAACCUGUCGUUGUACCAAUUGGAGCUUCUGCUGCUUCAACAAACAUCUCCCUCUGACACGGCUGCUAUCCUUAUUGAGCCUGUAUUAGGGGAGGGGGGGUAUGUUCCCGCUCCACCCGCAUUUUUACGUGGACUUCGUGAGAUCGCCGAUAAACAUGGACUUCUUCUCAUUUUUGACGAGGUUCAGUCUGGCUUUGGUCGGACGGGAAAGUAUUUUGCUCACGAAUGGACGCACGAGGACGGUGGUUAUGUGCGUCCCGAUAUAAUGGUUGUUGCCAAAGGUUUGGCGAAUGGCUUCCCUCUCAGUGGAAUUGUAAGCCGUAAGGAAAUCAUGGAUGCACAGACCCCAGGCACAAUGGGUGGUACAUAUGCCGGGAAUGCGGUUUCCUGCGCAGCAGCAGCUGCAGUCGCUGACGUAAUGAAGGAAGAGAAUAUUCUUGAUAACGUCAAUGCUCGUUCGAAGGAGCUGUUUGUGGCGCUCCAGGCACUUCGAUCGGAUCCAGUCGUUCAUCCGUUCAUCUUGGACAUUCGUGGGCGGGGUUUGAUGGUUGGGGUCGAGUUUGCGGCGCCCCCGGGACUCAUGAGUAGGGAUCCAUUUGCGAAUCCCAAGGCACCGAAGAACUUGGCGUCCAGGAUCGCAGCGAGGUGCCAGGAAAAUGGCCUCUUCAUGCUCACAACGAGCGUCUAUCAGGUCUUGAGGUUUAUUCCGCCUCUCAAUAUCAAAAAAGAGGAGCUCGCUGAGGGAAUAAAGAUAUUUUCAGCUGCCGUACGGGAAGUCAUCUUGGAAGGCUAA